AUGUGGGCUUCUGUACAGGGAAGCCGCUCUGUGGAUUUGGAUAUUCCCUUUGGCUCUGUGAAGACAGGACCAGCAUCUAGUGUAGAAAGGAAGGUUGGGAAGCUGCAGGGUGACGCUAGUCUAGCAGUGGUGGAGGAGCAGACAGCUCUUGACCUGACCAAGUAUGCUUCCAUUCAAGGAAAAAAAAUGUUCACCGAGCCCACAAAUGCUGUCUUUUCCCUUAGCCACAAUGUCGGUAGACAUUUGGCCAGCCUCUCAGUGCUUGGAAAUGGGAUCCCCACCCCCCAGCCCACUGUGAGGGAGAAGGCAUUGUGUGUCCCGGAAAAUCCGAACACCAGUAUGGGAAAUCAGGGCCAGAUUAAGAUGUACAUCGAUGAAGUGUGUCCAGAGACGGUGUUACGUUGCUGCAAGUCAUUUCUGCAGCAGGCCGGAUUAGAUCUGCUAAUCAGCAUGACAGUUAUUAAUAACAUGCUUGCCAAGUCGGUUUCAGACCCGAAGUUUCCUUUGAUAUCCCAGGGAAGUGAAUGUGCACAGGUUGAGGGUUUGGAAGCACUGAUGGGUUUGCCUGAAAAGCCAGUGUUGGCAGGGGAAGUGCUGGCUGCCCAAAUGCUGUCCUCAUCCAUGCUCCCCUUUAUCAGAAGUGGGAGCAGAGAGGUGCUCCUGGAAGCCCUCUCCCCAUAAGUGGCUGUCUCGAGCAGAAGGAGACCGAAUCCACCCAGAGCCCGAGCAGUUUCCUGAGGGAGGGAAAGAAGCUGCAGAGGGUGCAGGCAAGGGUGCACCUUAGCCAGUGAGCUCCUCCUUGGGCGAAAGUUCCAACCCCUAAAUGGAGGGCCACACUCUCCUUGGCCAGGCAGAGCUCCCCAGAGCCCUGGGCAACUUCUGGGUUUUGUAGUCUGCAGGUAAAACGCAUUGUAAAUUGCUCCCUUGCAGCCUUCCUCCUGCAGUAAAGGGUGGAGGGAUCACCCUGUUGGCUGCUAGCUGCAGAUAAGGAACAUCAAAUCACAGCAUCACGAGUGCUGUCCUGUCUAAGCGGGACCACUUAGCAGAAAUGACACCCACAUGGGAGCUUGUGGCCAGCUUGCAUCUGCUGCCUCUGCUUUGGUUGAAGUAGUUCCCCUCUCCUCUUUUCUACACUAGCUGAUGAAUGGCUAGCAUGUUAAUCAAAGAAAUACACCCCCCUCCUGUCCGAUGUACCGACUGACCCUCUUCCACCUGAGCCCCCACCUGUGUGUAUCAUCAAUAAACUUGUGUGCUUUGAUUGGCAAGAAAAUGAAAAGGGGGCACUGGACUCAUCUUUGAGUUCGCGGUCUGCACAAACAG